UUAAUCAAAGAAAAGCAAAGGCCCAGAAUUUCUAAUAUCUGUGGUGUUGAAAUUCAAUUGUUAACAUUUCUGGCGUCGUUUGCGAGACUUUGUUUUCUAGAAUCCACUAGUCCAGUUUUGACCUUGACCACACGAUGUUCCUGCUUACCUGGUUGCCUAUUCAGGCAUUAAUUUUUCAGACGGUCUGCGGUCUCAGUUUAAACCUAGCACCAGGUCCAAAGUUCAGUUCAUUGAAUAUUCCUACCAACAAGGUGCAAUCUUUAAACACCAAAAAUGAUUUGACCAACUUAAUAACAUCCUUAAAUCAGGCGGAAUUAAAAAAGGAGAAUUCGCUGUCAAAGGAUUUUGUUAAUGGCGCCCGGACUGCAUCACCCGACACAAACCUGGCCAGUCUACUGAACUCGCUAGGUAACAAGUCACAAGUCGGUUCACAAACAGACUUGGUCAGCUUACUGGACGGUGUGAGAGAAAAAAAAACAGUUGAUUCAAAAACAGAUUUGAUGCAGUUAAUAAACUCAAUAGAGGAUAAACAUAAAAGCGACUCUAAUACAGAUCUGAGUGAGGUAAUCAAGAGCUUGAACAGCCGCGUUGAUGCUUUGAAUCAGGGACUCGAUAAAACAGACUCGCCAACAGAUUAUUCAUCGAUUAUGCAGCUUGCCUCGGCCAAUACAAAACAAAGCAAUUUACUCAAACUAAAAGAUCUUUUGAAUGAUCCUACGACAGUAAAUACGGGAGAUAAAAGUCUACUAGGUUUGAAUGGACUUUUGGGAGCCAGCAGUGAUCAAUACAAGAACACCGGCGACAAUGGUGGUCUUUUAGGUCUUGGAGGUCUGCUGGGCUUGGGAAGCACCAACACCAACCAGGAAACAAGGAAUAAAGGACUGGUAGGCAACCUUCUAGAUGUCCUGCUAAGCAAAUCUCCAGUGAGUGCUAAGAACAAAGGCGAGACAUUUGAACUAGGUUCGAUUGUAGAUUUUGGUAGAAACGGAAUAUUCCAAGAUUACGGUCUGAACACAAGUCUGACGAGUAGUCUAAACAAUCUAUUCGGGCCAAUCAAAGGAAUUCUGUACACCUUGGAAGAUAUCUGCGCGUUGUACAACAAACUGCUGGGAAGUUCUGUGGAAGUGAAUGUCAAGCUCAGACUACUACAAGCCAUCAAACUGUUUUUGUAUAUCAGAGGCAUGGACCUGUGUGACGGUGAGUAG